UCCAUUUGCUUUCUGCCCAUCUGUGCGCUGGUUUGGAGUUUGGACCAAAAAAGGAAAAUUAUGCGGCCCAAAGCUGUUUCAUUUGCUUUCGAGGAAUGAUCUCCUCUUCCCUGCCCAGCAUUUCGUUUCUUGCUGUUGGUCCUUCCUUUUUUUACGAGAGAGAACGCGCAGACUGCAACUCCCAGGAAGACUUGUUCUUCGUCUUCACACUAACUACCAUCAACUCCAUCUACAGCCUCAAAUUUCCCCCUCGGCUGUUCGUAAGGUAAAGAUCUCUGCUUUCCUUUUUUGACUUGGAUGGUUGAUUGGCUUUCCCUGAUCUGCCGGCCGAUCAGUUAUCGCGUCCGAUCGCCUUAAAGUUUGGCCUUUUUUUUGUUUCGAAGUAAACUGAGAACAAGGGUUCUGCUUGCAGAGCUCUAAUUUAUUGAUCUCCUCGCUUUCUAAUUGUAGCUUCUUAGUGGGUCGUCUUUCUGCAAUUUCCUGGUACUCCUUGCAUUGACCGUUCUUCUGGGCUGGUUCAUCAAUUGACUUACAAUUGACCGACAACGAGGGUGUUAUUUGAUGAGUGGGUGGCUGAUCUCUUUUUGUUUUCAAUUAGGCUUCUAAGAUGAGUGACGAUUUAUUGGAGAAGGUGAGUGCUUUUGGUGAACGCCUCAAGAUUGGAGGUGCGGAGAUGGGUCGAAAAAUGACUGCUGGGAUGAGUUCUAUGAGCUUCAAGAUGAAAGAGCUGUUUCAAGGUCCGAAUCAAACGGACAAAAUUGUUGAGGAAGCUACUGCAGAGACGCUUGAAGAACCCGAUUGGGCCAUGAACCUAGAAAUAUGUGACAUGAUAAAUCAGGAAAAGAUCAAUAGCGUGGAAUUGGUUCGUGGUAUAAAGAAGAGGAUUGUGGUGAAGAGUGCUAGGGUUCAGUACUUGGCCUUGGUGUUACUCGAAACAUGCGUCAAGAAUUGUGAAAAGGCAUUCUCGGAAGUGGCGGCUGAGAGGGUUCUUGACGAGAUGGUGCGGCUGAUUGAUGACCCUCAGACUGUUGUUAACAACCGCAAUAAGGCUUUGAUCCUGAUUGAAGCUUGGGGUGAAUCAAGCAGUGAGCUACGGUAUCUGCCUGUUUAUGAAGAAACAUACAAGAGCUUAAAAUCAAGGGGCAUCCGGUUCCCUGGUCGUGACAAUGAGAGUUUGGUACCUAUCUUCACCCCUCCUCGUUCCAUUUCAGCACCAGAAGUGGAUGCCAAUCUGGCAGAGCAGACUCAUCACGAAGUUGUUGUUGAAAGCCUUACUGCUGAGCAAACGAAGGAAGCUUUUGAUGUGGCCAGGAAUAGCAUUGAACUUCUCACUACAGUUUUAUCUUCAUCUCCCGGACAAGAUGCUUUGAAGGAUGAUUUGACUAGUACCCUUGUCCAGCAAUGUCGGCAGUGCCAGUCGACUGUCCAAAGAAUCAUUGAGACGGCAGGGGACAAUGAGGCCUUGCUUUUUGAAGCUUUAAAUGUUAACGACGAGAUUCUGAAAGCUCUGUCCAAGUACGAAGAGAUGGAGAGGCCAUCUGCGGUGCAUUCUGAACCUGAACCUGCCAUGAUCCCAGUCGCAGUCGAGGCCGAGGACUCCCCUACUCAUGCAAAAGAAGCAGAUGCAUUGAUCAGAAAGCCAGCAGGCUCACGGGUCGGGGCACAUGGGGAGGGGAGCAACGAUGACAUGAUGGAUGAUCUCGACGAAAUGAUAUUUGGGAAGAAAGGCGGCGCCAACACAUCAUCGGAAGACCCUAAGAAGCCACCUUCAUCAUCAUCAUCAUCCAAGGACGAUCUCAUCUCUUUCUGAGUACAAACGUCGUGCUGCUUUCAAGGAUGAUCCUUUCUCAUGGUGUCGAAACACGAACCGUCCUAUCUUUGAGUUCGAGUCGCUGUGAUUAGACAUUGUUUAGGAAUUGGGGAUUUCACUAAAGCCGUUACAAGAUUGAAUGUUGUUCUGUUGCAGGACAUUGGCUGUAUUUGAAGAGUAGUGCUGGCCUGUUAAUAACUGAUCGAAGUGCUCUAAAUCCUAAAAACAUAAAGCUAUAUAUUACCA